AUGGAGCUGGAGCCAGACAUCACGCUUGCUCUCGAUUCGGACAGCGAUUCCCGGAUUUUUGAACAAUUAAUCGGGCGGAAGACGAGUGGCCGCGUGCGCUCCCAGGUGUUAUUUCACACCCCCGGCGUCACUCCCCGGAGCGGGAUCCGGCGGAGAAGGCGCCGGGCGAAGGCAGCCCGCUCGGCUCAGCCGCAGCGGACAGGGCUGCGCGGCCAGACCGGCUCCUUCUCGCAGAGGAGCGAGGCGCGGGGCAGCCGUGCACGCGCGUGCGCCGUGCUUCAGGUGCACGGGGAGCACGCGGCGCAGGUGCCGGUGGGCGACGGCCGGGGCCCGACGCACCCGGGCUGCCUCCGAAACGGUGGCCGAGACGCCGCCGUCGCGUCGGGCUUGUCCCGAGAGGAUUAUGGGGCAAACGCUCUCGCAGGCCAUUUAGUCAGCAGGCGAACGAGGGACCCGCCGGCAGGCGCCGGCCGCGGCUCGGCGGGGCUGCCCGCCUCCCUCCGACCCUGCCGCCUCAGACCCCCGCUGACAGGAACCAGCCCCGCAGCCGCCCUCCCUCAGGCGGGGCGCGCCGAGGCGCAGCUACGGGGAAGGGAGACCGGGCACCCCCGGAGACCCCCAGGCGAGGUGCCGCUCGCCGGCUGCCCGCCUCCCUGCUCCGCCGUCCCGCCCCUCACCUCCGGGCGGAGCGACCCGACUUCCCCAAGAUGGUGCCGCGCCACCGACAGCGGAGACGCACCUUCCCAAGAUGGCGGCGGCGCGCCCGUCUCCCGCGACCUCUCCAAGAUGGUGUCCUGCUGCCGCCGACCUCUUAAAGAUGGCGGCGGUGGCCCCGCCCCGAAGCGGGGCAGGCUGGGAGAGGGGCCGCGCGGCGGGGAGCGGGCCUGCCGGGCUGUGAGGGGAGCGGCGCGGCCGGGCCCCGGGACGCGCAGAGCGGGGCGGAGGGGACCCCGCGCCGUGAGGGGAGCGGCGCGGCUGGGCCCGGGCCGGUCGCCGGGGGCCGCGAUCCCCGUCUGGAGGCGGGAGCGCGGCCUGCGGGAGCCCCCGGAGCCCCCGGCCCGCCGCCGCCGCCGUUGUUUUCGCCUUCGGAAGGAGAAAAGGCGGAGGUGGGGUGCCUCUUUUCCAUUUAGAAUAGGAAAAGUUGGAAAUCAGAAACGCGUCGUUGGUGUGCUGCUGGGCUCGUGGCAGAAAAAAAUACUAGAUGUGUCCAACAGUUUUGCAGUACCUUUUGAUGAGGAUGACAAGGAUGAUACUGUGUGGUUUCUAGACCAUGACUAUCUGGAGAACAUGUAUGGAAUGUUUAAGAAGGUCAACGCUAGAGAAAGAAUAGUUGGUUGGUACCACACAGGCCCUAAACUGCACAAGAAUGACAUCGCCAUCAAUGAACUGAUGAAAAGAUACUGUCCUAACUCUGUGUUGGUGAUUAUCGAUGUGAAGCCAAAGGACCUGGGGCUGCCCACAGAAGCUUAUAUUUCGGUUGAAGAAGUUCACGAUGAUGGCACUCCAACCUCCAAGACAUUUGAACAUGUGACUAGCGAGAUUGGAGCAGAGGAGGCAGAGGAAGUGGGUGUUGAACACUUGCUACGAGAUAUCAAGGAUACAACGGUGGGCACUCUGUCCCAGCGGAUCACGAAUCAGGUCCAUGGCUUGAAGGGACUGAACUCCAAGCUUCUGGACAUCAGGAGCUACCUAGAGAAAGUAGCCAUGGGCAAACUCCCCAUCAAUCACCAGAUCAUCUACCACCUUCAGGAUGUCUUCAACCUGUUACCAGACGUCAAUCUGCAAGAGUUCGUCAAGGCCUUUUAUCUGAAGACCAAUGACCAGAUGGUGGUGGUUUAUCUGGCUUCUCUUAUCCGUUCCGUGGUUGCCCUGCACAACCUCAUUAACAACAAGAUUGCCAACAGGGAUGCAGAGAAGAAAGAAGGACAGGAAAAAGAAGAAAGUAAAAAGGAGAGAAAAGAUGAGAAGGAGAAAGACAAGGAAAAGAGUGAUGUCAAGAAAGAGGAGAAAAAGGAGAAAAAGUAAAAUGUGUAGUUUUUUUAUUUGUAAAUUAAAAAUCUUGUAAACUAAA